CCAAGGCUUAACUGACUGACUGACUGACCGACCGAACGUCAGUCGCAGUGUGACUUUGUGAGUUGGAAAGUUCUAUAUUCUAGUGAGAGCUGUUAACACGAAAGGGCCGACUGUGGAACGACUUGUUCAACGUUGUGUUAGUUACCUUAUUGAGUAAUAAAGUGACGUCGCAAGUAUACGGCUCGAUGUCGUACUUUUUCACGACAGCGGUUGCGUUGCGUUUGCUAGUUUUCUUGGUCUGCCCCUGUCCGUAGUUUUACUUCUGUAGGCCAUUGCCCAGUUACACGUCUCAGUGGAUUGCAGCAGAACGUUUUACGUAAGAUAUUUGCUAAGGUCCACCGGUAGUGGUGUGUGCAGUUCGAACCGGUAGUCUCAAUUUGGACGGUCGCCAUAUUGGAUGAAAAACGGCGUGGAUGAUGUUCAAAAUAGGGAGGAUUCCUACGCAGAUUGUAGGAUGUUUCCAAAAUGCUGGAGUAAUUCGCCGUCCUGAUCUUCGAGGUCGACAGCGGUACUUUGUCCAAUUAUGUGCUAGAAGAUCAGAUGUAAGGAAAGCUGGAGGAAUAGAAAUGGCUUCAGCACACUAUACUAAACGCAUGUACACUAAAAGGUUCAAAGAAACGAGUGAUGGGUCAUGUAAACCACCUGAAAAAACAAGGAGAGUGGAUGAACAUGUAAAAUCCGAGAACAUUGGUAUUUGUAACCAAGGAACAAGAAGAGAUUGUAUUCAGAAGAGUUUCACUGGCCUUCCCAACCAGCCAUCAGGGAAAGAACCUAAACCAGUAACAUCUAUCAUGGCACAGAAGUUUAGUACUUCCAAUCAACCGUCAGGGAAAGAUGGUAAACCAGUAAUACCCAAACCACCACAAAAGUCUGACAUUAAGCCAGAUGCAGAAUGCAGUGCCCCGUAUUCACGUGGCCAGCCACCAUUACACAAAAUAAAUUCAUCAAAGCAAGAAUAUGGCAAGCCCCAACCAAACUCUCCGUAUGGUAUGAGUGGAAAGCAGAAAAAUUACACUUGGAAAAUUAUUGGAGGAGUUGUUCUUCUAGUUAGUGCCAUUGCUGCAUAUAAUGUAGGCUUCUUUAUGAAAGAAGAUGAGGAAGGGAAACCAGCUGAAAAAAAGAAAAUUGUUCGGAAGUCAAAAAGGAUUAGAAAGAUAAGUAAAUUCCCAGCAGAAUCAAAGGACAUUCCAAGUAGUGUUCCUUAUUUGCUAAUUGGAGGUGGCACAGCUUCUUUUGCUGCUUUCCGGGCCAUCAAAUCUGCUGAUCCAACAGCAAAGGUACUUGUUGUUGAUAAGGAAGGUUAUUAUCCAUAUAUGAGACCUCCACUUUCUAAAGAGAUAUGGUUCAAUGACGAUGCUGAAACUACGAAAAAACUACAUUUUAAACAGUGGAAUGGGUCAGAAAGGAGUUUAUUUUAUGAGCCUCAAGAUUUCUAUGUUGACUGUACAAAAUUGAAUACUAACCCGAAUGGAGGAGUAGCAGUUGCCCGUGGAUGGACUGUUAAAAAGCUUGAUGUAUUUGAGAGGAAAGCCAUAUUGGAGGAUGGGUAUGAGAUCAGUUACGAGAAGUGCCUUAUUGCAACAGGUUCUAGUCCCAAAAACCUACCUUUGUUUGAAGAAGCAUCGCAGGAUGUUAAAGACAAAGUAACAUUGUUCAGAGGCAUUUCUGAUUUUGAGGAAUUAGAAGAUAUAAUUAAAAGUGGACCAAAAUCUGUCGCAGUUAUUGGUGGUGGAUUUCUUGGCAGUGAAUUGGCUUGUGCAUUAGCACGACAAUCUCGUAAAACAGGCCUUAAUGUGCAUCAGAUAUUCCCAGAACCAGGUAACAUGGGUAAAGUACUGCCUGGAUAUUUGAAUUUGUGGACUACAAAUAUGGUAAAGAAAGAAGGCGUAAAUGUUAUAACAAAUGCUGAGGUUAAGGAUGUGGAAAAGGUGAAAGAUCAACUGGUCCUCUCACUUAAUAAUGGAAGCAAGAUUGUGGCUGAUCAUAUAAUUGUGGCUGUUGGAGCCAGUCCUAAUACAGAUCUGGCUCGAACUUCAGAUUUGGAAUUGGAUGAAGAUUAUGGUGGCUUCCUGGUUAAUGCAGAACUAAUGGCUCGAUCUAAUCUCUGGAGCGCAGGAGACUGCAUGUGUUUCUACGAUGUGAAACUUGGACGCCGCCGAGUAGAACAUCAUGAUCAUGCUGUAGUUUCUGGUCGUCUUGCAGGAGAAAAUAUGACUGGUGCAGGAAAGCCAUAUUGGCAUCAGUCAAUGUUCUGGUCUGAUUUGGGUCCUGAUGUCGGUUAUGAAGCCAUCGGUAUUGUUGAUUCUGCACUGCCUACAGUUGGAGUAUUUGCGAAGGCUACAGACAAGGACACGCCUAAGGCUGUUGUAGAAGCCACAGAUGAAAGCAACCGAGCAAAAACAGAGGAAGAAGCACAGCCUGUAUCUCCAGCGUCAGGCACCCCAGAAUCUCCCAAACAUAGUGAAGAUUAUGGCAAGGGUAUCAUCUUCUAUCUUCGUGACGAUGUAGUAGUAGGAAUUGUCAUGUGGAAUGUGUUUAAUCGAAUGUCUGUGGCUCGACAAGUAUUGAAAGAAGAGACGAAAUAUGCAGACUUGAAUGAAGUAGCAAAACUCUUCAACAUUCAUGAGGAAUAACUCUUCUCAUAUUGUUCUCAGUAGAGGACCAUGAUAAAGCAAACUUAGGGUCAACUGAAUGUAAAUUGGUCUUUACUUUUGUCAUUCAUUUAUUUUAAUGUGCAUUUAUGUUUAUAAUUACAAAUGUUAUUGACAGUAGAGGUUGGUAUCUUUGAACUUUGUAGGCUCUGUUUUGAAAAAUAAUUGCUGGCAUAAAAGUGGGUCAAAUGGUGUGUUCUGUGAGUGAACUUUA